UGUAGUCCAGGGUAUACGCUGGUAUACGGCGUAUACCUACUUAUUUUUCAGUCAGCAUUGCGUAUACCCACUUCUAAAUCCCCCCUGAUGCGCAUCAUUCAGUAAUAUCUGUGAGUCAGAUUGCCUAUUUUCUUCCUCGGGGAUAGUGAAGCCAUGACCCACCCUCCUCUGCCUCUAAUUGGCUGGUACUCGCUGCUUUCACUGAUUAGAUUGGUUAACUUUAGGCAUGAGGACUGAUGAGCCAAUCAGAGGCAGAGUAGGGCGGGUCAUGCCGAGGAAAAUAUCGCUAAUACCUCAGGUGCCAGUGAAAAAAAAAAAAAAAAACUCAGGUGCCGGUGCCACUUGACUACGAUAACGGCAGCAGACCAAACAACGGAUGAAGAAAGGACACAAGCGGCGGUGUGCCACCCCAGUUGAUGGAAGACAUCAUUCUGAGGGACAGGUAACCAUGAAAAGGAAGGGAGAUAUUGCAGACUUUUUUGUAAAGAGGCACAAAUCAGGCCCAGAUCAGGCCCAGGCAGACCCCACCCCUAAAACCAGCAGCCCUGGCAGCUCUCAACCGGGAGCUAGCCAGGCAAGUCAGUGUGAGCAUAGAGAAGGAUCCAGUCUACCACCACCAGACAUCAAUAAUGACUGGCCAGACCUGUGGAGUGCUAAACAAACAGAAGACUUCAAAUCCAAGAACCCCUGGUUGGGAUCCAAAAACAAAAAAUUGGGAUGUCUGGUCUGUAGCAGUGUGAACUCCAUUGGGAUCGACAAGGAGCAAGGACAAGGUGUAUCGCUCUCAAGAGAAUGGAUGAACUUUGAAAUUCAAGUGUCUGGCCAGGGAAGUAGAACAACAAGUUUGUCAAUCUUGAGAAAUAAGGUGAGGAAACAUGCGUUGUCCAAGGCCCACACUCAGGCUGUGAAGGUGGCAGAGCAACAGAAAGAAGCUGCCAUUGAGAAUGCAGUGGAGACUAUGACUGAGUCCUACAUGAAGGAAACUGAAGCUGUGUUUCGAACAGCCUACCAUCUGGCCAAAAAGAACCGACCCUUUUCUGACCAUGAGAGCCUCAUUGAGCUGCAGGAACUGAAUGGUGUAAAAAUGGGCUCAAUACUUCAUUCACGUUACAGUGCAACACAAAUAAUACAACAUGUUGCUAGUGAGAUGCAGAGCAAAAUCAUCAGUAGCAUUAUAGCAUCAUCCAGUAAGUUAGCUGUCCUAAUUGACGAGGCAUCUUCUUUAAGUCACAAAGCUGUCAUGACAGUUUCUAUUAAAGCAUCAAUUCAAGAAGAAAGCCCUGAGUUCAUAUUCCUGGAACUUGUUGAACUGGAAAAUCAGAGAGCAGAUGGCAUAUUACAGGCGUUACUCACCUGUUUAACUAAUGCUGGCUUUACAGAAGAGUGGCUUCAUGAAAACUGGGUAACAUUUGUAUCUGAUGGAGCCAGUGUCAUGCUAGGAAAGAAGUCAGGAGUAGCAACCAGACUGACUUUGAGAUUCCCAAAGCUUUUUGUAUGGCACUGCAUGAACCAUAGACUUGAACUUGCUGUGUCAGAUGCAGUUGAUGAGGUAAACUCUGUCAAUCACUUUAAAACUUUUAUCCAGAAGCUAUACUCUCUGUAUAGUGUGUCAAACAAAAUGAACGUGAACUUGUUAAUGCAGCAGCUGAAGUAGGCUCACAACUUCUUCGCAUUGGCAGAAUCUUGGAUGUACGCUGGGUGGCCAGUAGCUUUCGGACUGUUCGUGCUGUUUGGACAUCCCUGGGAGCUCUUGUGCAGCACUUUAAAAAUGCUUGCAGUGAUGAGAUGAGGUCCACCAAAGAGAGGCAGAUGUACAGAGGUUUGUUAGACCGUGUUCAAAGUCCAGAAUUCAUUUGUGACCUUGGCCUCAUGUACGACACUCUCCAUGAACUAAGUCUCCUGUCACAGGAGCUUCAGUCUCGUUCUAUAACGCUCCUCAGAGCAGAGCAUCUGCUGAAACGCUCAAUCAGAGUGAUCCAGUCAUUCAAAGAGAGUCCAGGUGAGAAAUAUAGUGAGGCUUUAGAAGCAAAACAGACUGGGGAGUAUCGGUCUAUAGCCCUGAAAACAAAUGCAAAGCUGAAGUCUAUCAAUCCAGGCCAGUUCUUACAAAGCCUUGUGAACAAUCUGGAGAAACGCUUGUCUUUUGAAGAUGAGACCAUCAUGGACCUCAGCAUCCUUGAUCAGAGUAAGUGGCCAUCAAAGCCCAGCAUCCGCCAUGGUGAAGAACAAGUUAAGCGACUGUGCAAGCGAUUUAACUUGUGCACAGACCAAGCACUGAAUGGGAUGCGGGACC